AUGAAAACUCUCUUCAUAUUUCUUACAUUGCUAGGAUAUUCGAUUGCGAAACGUGUGUCAUGUCAUGCGUGCCUGAACACGGUGUGCUACAGACGCGACAGAAUAGUUCAAGGAAUUAAAUUUUCCGGACAACUAGCCAUCGAUCGAUCCUCAAAUAUUUUAUACUUUCACUAUCAUAACCGCUCCGAGGACUAUACAGCUGCAUUCGAUCUAUACAACGUCAGACUAAAAACAAUAAAACGCGGUUUUAGUUUUGGUUUUGCAGUAGAUCAAACGACAAAAGAUUUGUAUAUGACAAAUGAGCAAGGCCUAUACAGAUACAACCCAGAAAAAAAUAUCUCGGAACUCUUUGGUCUCAACGAUAAAACAAUAUGGCAGCUCCAAUACGAAAAAAAACUUUUUUAUUCAGAAUUCCGUAAAAAGGGGAUCUUCACUUACGAAAACAAAAAGUCAAAAUUAAUUCCAGGUACAGAAUACGAAGUAGAUGAUUUUAUUGUGGAUAAAAUGGGCGAUAUAUAUUUUAUGCAUAAUUUUUCAAUUUAUGUACUCAAAAAUGGCGCGAAAAGCGCAGAACUAUUUGAAGAUGAAAUAUAUUAUUUGACAACCGACAGAAAUGGCGAUGCUUACUUCAUACAACCUUUCACGAGAGCAGUUUACAAAAUGAAUUAUAAAUAUGACAAAAGGAUUUUGAAGGAACUAGGAGCAUUCAGCAGGGGGUACGCUUUUAUUGUUGUUUUUGACGGUGAUAACGAUAUAAUUUAUUAUGAUGGUUCAGAUAAAAAAUUGUAUUAUUUAUCUCAAACAGCUAAUAGAUGUACAGUCACAGCUAAAAGGGUUGGAAAAAAUUUAAACAUGGUAAUAUCUAUGCCUCCCGACUAA